UCUUGUUGUUGUCUCCGUCCAGAGGCGCCGGUCGUCCCGGUGUUCGCCUGAUCAGAAUCCGCUCCAGUGGCCGUUGGUUGGUCCGCUGAUUAGCUCCAUCGAGUCCCCGGCUGUCAGUAGCUGAGAGCGGUGACAGCUGAGCACGUUUUCUCCCCUAACGUUGAGCCAAAAACAGUCGCCACGAUGUUCGAGGAGGCGAGUGAAGUGUUUGACAACAUGUUUAAGUCCUCGUUCCCCCUGACCUUCAUCGUCUUCAUCCCCGCGGUGCUCAUCCUGGUGUCGCCACUCCCGGCCGAGGCGGCUCAUGAGUUCACGGUGUACCGCAUGCAGCAGUACGACCUGCAGGGACAGCCGUACGGUACCAGGAACGCCAUCUUGAACACCGAGGCUCGUACUGUAGAGGCAGAGGUACUAAGUCGUCGCUGUGUUAUCAUGCGACUGGCGGACUUCUCCUACGACAAGUACCAGAAAGCUCUGCGUCAGUCAGCCGGUGCCGUGGUCAUCAUCCUGCCCAAGAACAUGUCUGCCGUACCGCAAGACAUAGUUCAGUUCAUGGAGCUGGAACCGGAGAUGUUGGCCACUGAGACCAUCGUCCCCGUCUACUUCGCCAUGGAGGACGAUGAGCUGAUGUCCAUCUACACUCAGACGCUGACGUCCUCCUCCUCACAGGGCUCCUUAUCGGCAGCUGAAGUCCUGCUGCAUACCGCCACAGCCAACGGCUUCCAGAUGGUGACCAGUGGAGCUCAGAGUAAAGCCAUCAAUGACUGGGCCAUCACCAGUUUAGAGGGUCGCCUGGCUGGAGUCGGAGGAGAAGACCUGCCUACCAUCGUCGUGGUGGCUCAUUAUGACUCCUUUGGUGUCGCUCCGUGGUUGUCCUACGGAGCCGACUCCAACGGCAGCGGAGUGUCCAUGCUGUUGGAACUGGCUCGACUCUUCUCCAAACUCUACACCUACAAGAGGACACACGCUGCGUAUAAUCUGCUGUUCUUUGUGUCCGGAGGAGGAAAGUUUAACUACCAGGGAACCAAACGUUGGCUGGAGGAUAAUCUGGACCACACAGACUCCAGUCUGCUGCAGGACAACGUCGCCUUCGUUUUGUGUCUCGACACUUUGGGAAACGGAGACUCUCUUCACCUCCACGUGUCCAAACCUCCUAAAGAAGGAACUCCUCAGUAUGCUCUGCUCAAAGAACUGGAGAUGGUGGUUCUGAGUCAGUACCCAGAGGUGAAGUUCUCGAUGGUCCACAAGAAGAUCAACCUGGCCGACGACAUGCUGGCGUGGGAACACGAGCGCUUCGGGAUCCGCCGCCUGCCGGCCUUCACUCUGUCCCACCUGCCGUCGCACCGUCUGGCUCAGCGCUCCAGCAUCAUGGACGUGCGGUCAGUGUCCCCCUCCUCUCGCCACGGAGCGGGAGAGCCCCCUGCUGGGCCUCAUGUAGACGUGAAGAAGCUCGGCAGGAACACCAAAGUGGUGGCAGAAGCUCUGGCGAGGGUCAUCUACAACCUCACUGAUAAGGGAGCUCCUGGAGACCUGCAGAUCUUCACAGAACAGAUGCAGGUGCAGGAGGAGCAUCUGUCGGCGGUGGUGGAUUGGCUCACUGCUCAGCCUCGAGCUGCUCAGCUGGUGGACAAAGACAGCAGCGUGGUGUCCACUCUGGAGUAUCACCUGGGGCGCUACCUCAAGGACGUCCGGAGACACUACGUCAAAGCCGACAAAAGGGAUCCAGAGUUUGUUUUCUACGACCAGCUGAAGCAGACGAUGAACGCUUACAGAGUGAAACCAGCUAUUUUUGACCUGCUGCUGGCCGUCUGCAUUGCAGCCUACUUAGGGAUGAUGUAUCUGGCCAUCCAGAACUUUGGGGUCCUGUACAGCGUCGUCCGUCGGAUCACUCAGCCCAAAGCCAAGAGCCACUAAGGCGACCCGACCCGUCUCCUCCAAUCAGUGAACUCUCAGUCAGAACGGACCGAGCCGCUGUUCCUCACGACGGUUUCCAAACCAGCAGAAUCACUUCCAUUUCUCUCCACAAACUAUGAUGUCAGAUCCUGUCUUGCUGCCAACUCGAUCCGUUUGGUCUCGGCGACCAGAAUAAUCAGGAAUCUCGUGUUUCCCUCCCGUUCUUUGCGUUCAUUUGAGGACGUGUUUGGUGGUUCCGGCUCCUCUACGGAUGCUCGUCGUCACUUUUCUGUGUCUUCUCGUCCUCUUUCUCUCAGUGAACUUUCUACGAGCCAAACUGACGUCAUGUGUUUCCUCAGGCAGCUAGAGGGAGAAACGACCGCACGGUUCAGCCCACGGUUUUCUUUUUGUCCAGAGACGCUGUUCACCCACCUUUCAGUUCCAGGACAGCUUCAUGUUUUCAGGUCCGCUCCUCAAACGCCCCUUUGUGCUUUGAAAGAGUUAUUGAUCGCUGCAUCUCCUCCUAAAUCUGCUCCACUCUUCUCAGCUUUUUAGUGCUUGUUUGCUUUUUUUUUUUUUUUUUUUUUUACAGGCUUUUCAGUUCCUGUCCUUCCCUGAAACAGUAAAUAAUGUCCAAGAAACAAUAAAAACACGGUUUACGAGAUCAGGUUUGCUAAUUGGUUGCUGCUGGAGCCUCAGAUUAAUUUAAGAAGGCAUCUAACGCACAGACACGACUCUGGAGGAUGUUUUCUUUCAUUCUUAACCCUUCUGUUGUCCUCAUUCACAGGCACUGAAAAAUACUGUUUCCUUGUCUGAAAAAAGUAAAAAAAAAAAAUUCAGCAAAAAUUUCCCCAAAUUUCUGAAAAUUUGCAAAACCUUCAGGAAGAAAAUUCUAAUAAUUCCUUAAGAGUCCCUUAAAAGUUUUAUUUAAAAAAUCCCCAAAUUUGGCAAGAAAAUUCUUGUAAAUAUUUUCAAAAAAUGAAUAAAAAAUCUUCCCAAAAAUAUCUAAAGUGAUUCCAUAUAUGUCAGUAAAACUUCAGAUGUAUUCUUUAAGAACAUUCACUCGCUGGAUUUUGGUUGAUUUUUAUGUGAAUGUUCUUAAGAAACAUUUUUAAAAUUCCUGUUUUUCACCAAAAAAUGCUCAAAAAUUUCCCAAAAACGUAGAAAAUGUCGACAUCGUGAGUUUAACUGUGAACAUAUGUUUUAUUUCCACAUUUUCAAACUUUAAAACGGGUCAGUUUGACCUACAGGACGACACGAGGGUUAAAGGUUGAAAGUAAUGGUGAUGAAAAGCAACAGAUUAAUAAAUAAUCAGUUAAUCACUAAAAAUCAGCCGAUGGUUAAAAGCUCUCGUGGUCGUGUUGUGUUUUCUGUCAGACUAAUGGAGUCUGAGCUUCGUCGUUCCAUCUCAGAUUUAUUAACUUUCCCUCGACUCUGAUGAAGUUUCUGAACUGAAAUCCUCAGAAUUGUGUUCUUCUGGGUUUUUAUUGAUUCAGAAAUGAGCUUGGGGGAACAGUAAGCUCCAUCAAAUCCCCACAUAACGAAGACAAGUCUGGGUUCCCUUAUUUUACUGAAAUCUGAGCUUUUUUAUGUAAUUUCUGACCAUUUGAGAAGCGAAACUUCAGCAAAUGAAGCCCCAGUUAACAGAACUGGUACAAUGUAAGUGAUUCUUUUUUUUGUUGGUGCUUGUUAAAAAUACUCCCUGUAGAACAGAAUAAUUCCUGGAAGCAGGAAAAACUUAAAUGACAUUCACAAAAAAUAUAAUUCGUCUUUUUUUUUAAUCUUCCAAACAUGGAGAUUAAAAACUGAUACGUACAGCUGGUGUAUGUUUGUAGUAAAAAUGUAAAUCUUGGUGUCAAAAUUUUAAAACAUAAAACUGUAUUAAAAAUGAAGAGAACUUUUUAAAUUUUGUCCUCACGUGCUGAUUGGCUGCUACUGGUGAUGUGCAGCCAAUCAGAGAGAGCCAUGGGCGGGACAUUGAGUUCCUAAAAAUAGAGCUUUAUAUGCUUCAAAGCCAAGAAAAGCACAUUUUUUAAAUAACUGAUUUUAUUGGGACACAGUUAAACAAAUAAAUGUAAUCCCCAAAAAUGGAGAAAGACGGAAUAUUGAAUCCAAUAAUCAGCCUCUAAUAUAAAAAACAUUUAAAAGUGAAAUUUGUUGAUAAUUUUGUAGUUCUUGCUGGAAUUAAAACUAAAUCAGCCUCCAGUAACUCUUUCAGAUUACAUUUAUGGGAGUUUUGUGUUGAGACAAACUAAAAAAAAACACACAAAAUAAUCCUGAAUUUCUUAAAAAGUUUCUGGAGAAAGACAAGUUGUCUGAUCAAAAUGUGAAGUAGAGUUUAGAUGUUCCUGAUUUAUUCAAACUAAUAUUAAACUUAAUGAUAGUUUUUUUUUUUUUUGCCAAAAUCAUGAAUUCUGUACGAAUCUCCUCGUUUUAAUAUGUAGUCAUAGAAAUGUUUGCCUUCUUUAUUUUAUUUUCUUUCCACUUGUUGCUGUGUCUAAUUUUUUAUUAAAAUCCAUAAUUAAUGAAGAAGAAAAUAAAAUGAGGAACCUGAGGGCUCGAGGCGAAAGGUCAGGAGGUGUUUUCUUGUGAAACGAUGUGCUGAGGCGGAGAUGAAGCUGGUCUUAACUUUAUCAACGCAAACACGUCAUCGUUUUGACCGACCUUUUCUGUGAUUCCAUCAGACGUUUGUUAGAUUUCGCUGCAGGAUUCAAACACUGGACGUCUUAAAAGUGACUAAUUCAAUCAGAAAUGAUGAUUCCUGCAGCGUCGCCUUCAGCUCUUUCUGUUGUGGUGGAAUUCUGUCUUUUUUAAACUUCAUUUUCAUUGUGUUACCGCAUGACCUGUGACCUCCCCGUACGCCCAACCCGCCAGUCGCCAUGGUAACAGGACUUUUAUCCACCGUCGGGAGGGAGACGAUCGUGUGGCGCAUCUUAAUUUAUUGUUUUUAUCUCUGUGCACUGAAAUGAACUGAACUCUCCGUGAUUUGAAACAAAAUAAAUGAGAAGGAGAAGGAAAAGAAAAGCAGACGAGCACAUGGUUUGUUUACUGACAUGUUUUAUUUUCUGAGGAAAAAAAUGAAACGAUAACAUUGGCUGAAUGGCAUUAAAAUUGUAUUAAAAAAAAGAGCAAAAAGUU